CAAAAUUCAAUACUGUGAACUCCAAAGAUAGAGUUGUUGCACACCUUUGAACCAUGGUUUUACCAUUUGAAUUUUUUGUUUUUUGCUUUCAGAAUAUAUUUAUGGCUGGAAUAGACACAAGUGCUGGCACCUUGGUUUGGGCAAUGACGGAGCUAAUGAAACAUCUUAGAGCUAUGAAGAGAGCACAAGAAGAAAUUAGAAAUGCAAGUGGUGAGAAAGGUAUGGUUAAAGAAGAUGAUCUUCAUAAACUUCCUUAUCUCAAGGCAGUGGUGAAGGAAACACUGAGAUUGCACCCCCCAGCUCCGUUGAUGCUUCCACACGAAACAACCAAAAAAUGCAACAUAAAUGGGUAUGAGAUUCGACCCAAGACUUUAGUCUACGUGAACGCAUGGGCCAUUGGAAGAGAUCCCGAAUCUUGGGAAAACCCAGAAGAAUUCUUGCCUGAGAGAUUCAUGGGUAGUGCCGUUGACUAUAAAGGGCAAGAUUUCGAAUUGAUUCCAUUUGGGGCAGGUCGAAGAGGUUGCCCCGGGAUGUAUCUCAAAGUUGUGACUGUGGAGCUUGCACUUGCUAAUCUUCUCUACUCUUUUGAGUGGGAACUACCUACUGGUAUGAAGAAGGAAGACAUUGACACAGAUGUUUUACCUGGUAUUACUAUGCAUAAGAAAAAUGCACUUUGUCGUUUGGCUAAGAAAAUUGAUGGGCAUAUAUAUGAAUGAAUGAUGCAUAGUAAUCAAGAACUAUAAUUAAUAGUCUAUGUACUGCAUAUAAAAACACUCUUUACUCUUUUUCCCACUAUCUUUCCCAAACACAAUGAAGGUCUGUACUACUAUGACUUCUCUAGUUAAAUUUUGAAUUCCUUGUGCUUCUGUAUUUCCAAGGAACUUAAUGCAGUGAUGGAAACACACCAAACAACUCUCAGACUUAGUAAAGAAGAGCAAUGUGCAAUCAUGUUUAAUGAUCCCAAAAGUUAGUAUCUUUUUUUUUUUUUUUUUUUUUCCUAGUUGGUACUCACUCGUCCUCUCCCCUCAAGGAAUUGUUUGGAUCUAGCAAGAGAUCCUGAAAGUUAAUAUCAUGAAAACAAUAAUAUUUAUUUUAAAAAAAAUGUAGUAAAAUAAGUACUG